CCCUUAUCGAAUUGGGGAUGACCUGGGAUCUGCGUUCGCUAUGGGUCUCGUCGGUGGUUCAAUUUUUCAGGCUUUCUCUGGAUAUAAACAUGCUGCUAAAGGACAAAAACUGCUUGGUAUGCUACGGGAGGUUCGGAUGCGCAGCACAAUCACUGGCGUUCAGUUUGCAGCAUGGGGAGGAAUGUUCAGCACGAUAGACUGUGGUCUUGUUGCUAUACGUAAA